AGACUUUCCACACUACGACGUCCAACAUGAGCGUUAUGGAAGUCGACAGCCAGCCGGCCCAGCAACGCUCUGCGCCAGUAAGCAGCUCCUUGACCAACCGGAAAGCCAUUCUCGAAUUGCUGUUGGUAUACUUUAGCGACUCGGAAAUCAAGGGGACGGUUGCCAAUAUUCCGCAGGGUGCAUUCUCAGCAGAAGACUGGGUUGUAGGAUGGAUCCCAAUAACGACACUCUGUUCUUUCAAACGCCUGCAGAGCUUGACAAAGGACCCCCUAGAGGUUGCGUCAGUGGCACACGAAUUGGCUCAGGGAAUACUGGAAGUUAGCACCGAUGGGUCAAAGCUGCGUCGAUUACGUCCCUUCACGGCGCAGGACGUCGCCAACCUUUCCGCCUUAGCCGCUCUGUCCCAGAAUGUCGUUGAAGUGACCGGGUUUGCUCGAUUGACGCCGGCGUCGGAGGUCUCCGCUUACUUUUCUCGCUUCGGACCGGUUGCCAAUGUAAUGACGGUCCCAGGUCAGGCGGAGCCAGUCUUCCAUGUGGAGUUUCAGCAGGCAAAGGAUAUGGUGGAAGCACUUGCUCGCCAGCACUCGUACGAGGACGCAACGCUUCAUGUUGUCGGAAGAACGAAGAAGACCAUUGCGGGGGCGGAAGAGUCUCAGAAGAAGGGACCGAGCAACAAGAAAGCGUCGGUUUUGGAAUCACACGCUGGCGGAGACGUACCUCGUCGCGAUAGAGUGCUGAGGUUUCAGCUCGCUGAUGGAGUAACCGCUACCGGGGCUGAGGUCAAGAACGCUAUGAGUAAAUUUGCCACUGUGCAUUCUGUCGAACUGGAUAAGGAAGCUACGUCGGGAUACAUCCGUCUGAAAAAGUCUGUGGCCGUUCAACUUCUACCCAUUAUCGCACGUCAAGGUGGUGCCCUUGUGCAUGGAGAACCUUUGAAGCUGGGACUCCUCGGAGAUGAUGAAGAGCGUCUUUACUGGGAAGUGUCUAAGCAAAAAGAGAAGAUCGCGACCGCAGAGAAAAAGGCAGCACCACCAUCCGUGCCAGUAACCACGGAAUCGAAACGAAAAGCUGGUCGACAGCAGCGACGGUCUGACCGGGGACCGUACAGCAAGGGACGGAAAGGCAAUGCAAGGAAUACUCCCAAAGAGAAGGUCAAAAUCAACGAGCUGGAAACCCUCUUCUCGAGCUGGGCUGUUACGCCGGAAACAAAAGCAGAAUAGGAUACGUAGCAUCAUUUGCAGUUUUGAAAGUAGCGCUGGUAGCUUCUCAGUCUGUGCCUCAUCAAGCGGUGUACUGUAUGUAGUGUAGUUAUUUAAGUAUUUAAUGCCAGAGGUGCUUGUGCGAUGGGAACGUGGAAGCGUUCCUCAAAGGUGACUCG